AUGACUGAAUCAUAUGAUGUAGUAGUCGUGGGAGCUGGAUGGUUUGGCCUCGCCGCUGCCAAAGCCAUUCAUCAAAUUCUACCCUCCGCUUCUCUCGCCAUCCUAGAGUCGGCCGAGUCCUGCGGCGGAACAUGGUCCAAGAACAGACUUUACCCAGGCCUCAAGUCAAACAACAUGAAAGGAACAUACGAAUACCCCGACUUUCCAAUGGCCUUUGAGACAUAUGGCGUCGGACCCAACACACACAUACCCGGUGCCGUACUCCACCGAUACCUUACAGACUUUGCUAAGCAUUUCGACAUCUACGACAAGGUGCAAUUCCAUACUGCCGUUGAUCUGGUGGAGCGAAAUGGAGACUCUGGCUGGCGCUUGACUGUCAACUCGCCUGCUGGAAAUCGCUCCAUCAACACUGCAAGACUCGUCCUCGCUACAGGUCUGACUUCGACACCAAACAUGCCCUCUUAUAAGAACGAAGAAUUGUUCGACGCUCCACUCUUCCACGCAAAGGAUUUCUGCCAAGAGGCACCCAACUUGAAAGUUAAGAAGGCGAUCGUCGUCGGUGGCGCCAAAUCCGCCUUUGACGUAGCAUACGCCCUAGUCCAUGAUGGUGCAGAAGUCGACUUGAUAGUACGUCCAACCGGCAACGGCCCCGUCUGGAUCGCACCGCCUUUCGUCACGCCCUUGAAGAAGCGUCUGGAUCAACUUCUCAACAUUCGCUGGAUGACAUGGUUCAGCCCUUGUCCAUGGGGUGAGGCUGAUGGUUAUCCCGGCGUGAGGAACUUUCUUCAUGGUACUGCCCUGGGAAGGUUAAUCGUCAAUGGGUUCUGGAAGGCACUUAGCGGUGAUGUUAUUUCCGCCAAUGGAUAUGAUUCACAUCCCGAGCUGCAGAAGCUGAAGCCAUGGCAUUCCGCCUAUUGGAUCGGCAGUGGUUUGAGUAUCUUGAACUACGAUUCAUCUCUGUUCGAUCUUGUCAAGGAGGGCAAGAUUAGAGUUCACAUCGACGAUAUCGAGUCUCUCGAGCCCAACCGAGCAAUCCUUACUUCUGGCAAUGUUAUUGAGACAGACGCCAUCAUCUGCUCAACUGGUUGGAAGAAGGAAUCCACCAUCAAGUUCGCAGACGACAAGCUUGGUCUUCCUUACUCGCUCGAUAAGAAGCGCGCACUCAGCAAAGCAGCUGAUGCACAAGUUCUGUCGUUGUAUCCUGGUCUCAAGUCACAACCCGAACUCAACUUCAAGGCCAAAGAAGCCGACCCUCUUCGAUACUACCGCUUCAUUGUUCCUUCACAAAUGGUCAAGUCCCGCGAUCUUGCCUUUGCAGGCAUGAUCUCAACCGUCAGCACAGCGACAUGCGCCACGAUUCAAGGCCACUGGAUCGCUGCUUUCUUCGCAGGCAAGGUCCGAUCCAUCCCCUCCUCCGACAAGGAGAUCACAGAUGAGAUCAUGCUACACACGCAAUGGGGCAAGUGGCGCUUCCCUUGUGGUUACGGUGCUGAUCUGCCCGACAUGGUGUUUGAAGGGUUGCCUUAUUGUAACAUGCUGAUGAAGGAUCUUGAAGUCAAUACGCAUCGCAAGAAAGGUCGAUAUGCGGAGCUUACGUCGCCUUAUCUGCCAGCUGACUUUAAGGGCCUGGUUGAGGAGUUUAUGGAGAAAGAAGAGAGGCGGGGCAGUAUCCAGGGGUUCGAGGUGCAGGAGGUAGGGAUCAAGAAGAAGGUUUAG